UAACUCUUGUACAGAUUUCAUGGAUUUUCUUUUGAAUCGAAUCUCAAGCUGUGACAUUAUGGUUACUUUGAAUAUCUCUGAACGCCUUGAUCCCGGAAUAUAGUAGAAAUCUCACAAUAUGUCAGUUCCCCAAGCAUAACCUCACAUUACUCCUGCCUGUGAUUAGAUCCCCACAGGCUUGUUGGACUAUUGGAGAAAAAUUCCUACAAAAGGACAAUGGCAUGCCACCUUUCACAAAGCCAAAGGGUUCGGAUCUUGUACAAAGCAAUUCUACGACUGCACCGAGGCCUGCCUGCAGAGCUCCGAGAAUUAGGCGAUAACUACACAAGAGAUGAAUUCAAGCGGCAUAAAAAAUGCAACGAGGCGGAGGCGACUCUUUUUAUGACUGAAUGGACGAAAUACGCUCUGACCUUAUCGGAACAAAUGGGCCUUCGAGGUAAAGCCAAAAGCAAAAUAGGCGAACCAGUCUCUGAGGACGAUUUACAAAGCCUCCGCGACGAACAGGUGGUACAACUCUACGAGCUCCUACUGGCAGCCAAAGGUGAGCCAUCGGACCCGGACCCACAAGGAGGUGGAGCGACGACAGCGCGAAAGAAACAAGAGUGAAUGAUUUAGGAAAAAUUGUUGUAGGCACUUUAUUGAAUACAAUAUUUAUUUAGCGAGA